AUGAGUGGAGAGGAGUGGCAAGCAGAGCAGCGAGCGGGAAAUUCAAAUUUCAAAUCUGGGUAUGGCAAAAUUCAUGGGGAUGACAGUCUUUCUGCAAUUGGAGCUGGUAAUCAUGCUGGUCCCCAGACUUCUCAGGGGAAGAAUGAUGAUCCACCUUCAAAGGUUGUCCCCGAGAAGGAAGUGACCGAGAUGGAAAACGAGGAAAAGAAGGGUGUGAAUAGUAACAAUGAAAAAUUAGUUUGUGCCUGUUCUAACAGUCAAAAAGAAAGUAACAAGGAGGAAGAGCAUGGGAAAGAAGAAAAGGCUCAAAAAUUUGAAUCAGAGUAUCAGAAGGUUGGUCCUAUCAUCCAGGCUAAAGAUGAUGAGAGUUCCUAUGAUGAUGCUUCUGCUUCAUCUAAUAAUAAAGAAAAUGAGGAAGACUUUAAUGAAGCGCAGGACUGUAAUAUUUCAGAUACUGAGCCUUUGUUGUUAUUAACCAAUGGAAGUCCUAAGCAGACUGGAAAUAUGAUCCUGAACUCCCAAUGA